UUACUUCAAAUUAUAAAAAUAAAAACCAAGACAGAAGAUCAUGGUGAAGCUGCCAGUUGUUUUUUUGUGCAUUGGAUAUGUUCUGUUAACUCUUGCAGAUGAUGGCGAUUUUGACUUAAAAGAUGCUCUUGACCCAAAUGAUAAGCCUUCUGAACCAACAAAAAAGCCACCAGGGGGUAACAAACCUCGACCUAACUUAUAUCCUGACCUUAGACCGUAUUCAGAUAAUAAUGGAAAUGGUGGAAAUUCCUUUAAUGGUGGUGGUGGUGGCAGCAUUGGAACUGGUGGUUUUAAUGACCUAGAUCUCAAUGAUGGAAAACCUUUAGCUCCACACCCAGCAGGUGAGAAAGAGCAAACUUCUGGUCAAGAUGGAAAUAUGGUUGAUUCUGCUACGACAGCUCAGAUUACAUCUCCUGUUGUUGCUGUAGCUGUGAUACUGACUGUUGGCGCCAUAGCUGGCUAUUCUGCUUAUAAGCAGAAAAGAUAUUGUUUUAAACCAAGAGGUGGAGCAGUUGCCUAAACUACUCAAAAAUGAUCUAAGAAAUAUUGAGUUCCACAAGAUCAACAACAAAUGAAUGAACUGCAAACUGUAAUACCUAUGAUACUGUUGCUAAGGUUUUAUAUAAUUAGGCAUUUUGUUUGUGUGUAUAAAAAUCAAAGAACAAAAAUUUCAAAACAAGAAAUUGGUUGAUGAUAUACACUGCACCUACAUUGUAUGAAUAGAAAAAAUUCACUUUGUGUGGGUUUCCCCCCCAGUUCAUACAGGUAAAUAACAUGUUAUGUUCCAUUUGUUUAAGAUCAUUGGAUCCAAACGAUCAGAAUCUCAAUCUCACUCUUGGUAUACAGUAGAGCCAUUGGUUUAUAGUUAAGACUCUUUAUGUACCUU